AAGCUCAUCUUUUGUGUCAGUUUAAAGUGAACGUCACAACGAAAAGGGUCGUCUCACAUGGAAACAAGUUCUGAAAUUGGAAAAUGGAUCCAGUCCAACUAGUACACGAAUGUUUAUUGUCCGAUAGAAAUAAAAUUCCUGGCAAUCCAUUUAUAUUGCGACCAUGGCUUUAUGAUAAAUCAUCGGCAAAUUCAAACGGUGAUAAUGUUCGAAUUAAAGGAAUCGUUGCCGGUGGACUCACAGGUGGAAUUGAAAUGUGUAUAUCGUAUCCGUUUAAUUAUGUCAAAAUGCAAUUGCAAUUGGAUGGAAAAGCCGGAGCGGGAAAACAAUAUUCUGGAAUAUGGGACGUUGUGAGAAAAACAGUAAAGAAUCGUGGAAUUUUGGGACUUUAUCGUGGACUCACUGUUGUGAUAUCAGGUGCAGUUGCAAAAGUAUCAGUACGUUUUGGUGCUUUUGAAUCAAUUAAAAAGCAAUUUCAUAAUAGCGAUGGGAAAUUAUCGCCGGAAAAACGUUUUUUCGCUGGACUCAGUGCUGGUUUAUGUGAGGCGAUACUCGUUGUAACUCCCGCCGAUACAAUUAAUGUGAAAAUUGUCAACGAUCAACGAUCGCCGAAUCCGAGAUUUCGAGGAACAAUUCACGGUGUUAGAACUAUUAUUCAAGAAAAUGGUCUUAAGGGAGUUUAUCAAGGGCUCGGACCAACAAUGAUAAAACAAGGGAGCAAUCAAGCGAUUCGUUUUUUCGUGGUGGAAACACUGAAAGAUUGGUACAGUGGAGAUGACAAGAGUAAAGUCGUUCCCAAACCGAUCGUUGGACUUUUCGGUGCAUUUGCUGGUGGGGUUUCAGUUUUAGGAAACACUCCAAUAGACGUUAUAAAAACGAGAAUGCAGGGUCUGGAAGCGGCGAAAUAUAAAAAUUCACGUGAUUGCGCUGUUCAAAUGUGGCGAAUUGAAGGACCACGGGCAUUUUAUAAAGGAACAAUACCAAGAAUCAGCAGAGUUUGUUUAGAAGUUUCCAUAACGUUUAUGAUUUACGAUACACUUUUUGAUAUAUUUAAUGUAAUGUGGCCUUGAGAAAUUUAUUCACGUGAAAUUUUCUAAUCAAAAAGGGAGAGAAACUAAAAAGGAAAAAAAAACCAAACAAGAAGAAAGUAGUAGCAAAAGAUUAGAUAUUGAAAUUUUAUAUAUAUAGUUUGCAAAUAUCAGAAUAAGUAGAGCAAACUAUUUUUAAAAGGAAUUUUUUUUAAUUUUGAAAAUGGAAGAAGAAUUUUAUAUUAAUAGAAUUUAAAAAAAAUACCUUUUGUAUAUAAUGUAUUUUUGUAGAGAAGGUACAAUUUUUAUAAUAGGGGAAAUAUUUAUUAACUUUUAUAGAAGAAAAAUUGUGAUGAGAUUUUAUUCUCUCUCUAGUCAAAAUUUCAUUCGAUUUCGAAUGAUUAGUAUUAAUGGAUUAUUAUUUAUUAUUAUUGUUAACAUUACUAUCAUUAUUAUUAAUAUUAAUAUUAUUAUUAAUAUUAAAAUCGUUAUUACAAUAUUAAAAGCAUUAUUAUAAUAUUAAUACCAUUAUUUUAAUAUUAAUAUCAUUAUAUUAUAAUAUUAAAGAAAAUUGAUUUAUUUUUGUGGCAAGGGGAAUAAAAUGUUUCGUAGAAUUUUUAUUUCUGUGAUCAUUCCAAAGAAACAAAGAAGAGAGCAAUUUUUACUUAGUCUUUUUACUUGCGAAAGCCACAGUUGUGAUUUAAACACUUAAUAAUUAAUAAUCUCUCUGUAAUAUGUAAUUCGCAUCUAGAUAAUUUCUAAAACUAUCAAUAAUUUUAUCCCUUUUGUGAAAAAUUUUCAUUAUAAAUUAAAUUACGUUACACACGUUAAA